UGUGUGAGGCUGCUGGUGUGCCUUUCUUGCUGUGCUCCUGCCCAAGCAGCCAGUUAUUCAUUUCCUUCCUACUAGUUGAGAAGUUUUCAGCCGCAGAGUGCCUGGGAUAACAGUUUGGUUAAUCAAAGAAUCCCUUGGGAGCUGAAGAGGCAGCAUCUUCCAGGCUCAGGGGCAUCAAAACUGUGAACACCUCUAUUUUCUGGAGUCAUCAUUUUGAAUUCGUCAGCAGCAGGUUUGUUACUGAAAAGCUCAGAAUACUUCCUUUGAUUGCCUUCCUAUUUGGAUCUUUCCGGAGCUCUGAACACUUGAACACCCACCAUGGAUGACUUUGAACGCCGCAGAGAACUCAGGAGGCAAAAGCGUGAGGAAAUGCGCCUUGAAGCAGAGAGGCUUUCCUACCAGAGAAAUGAUGACGAUGAGGAAGAAGCCGCCAGAGAACGUCGCCGACGGGCUCGACAGGAGAGGCUGCGGCAAAAGGAAGAAGAUCUAUCAGGAGAAGUAACAGAGAAAUCAGAAGUUAAUGCCCAAAACAGCGUGGCAGAAGAGGAAACGAAACGUACUACCACCACAGGGGGAACAGAUGACGAAGCUGCAUUGUUGGAGAGACUGGCAAGACGGGAGGAGAGACGCCAAAAACGUCUACAGGAAGCCCUGGAACGUCAAAAGGAAUUUGACCCCACGAUCACAGAUGGGAACUUGUCACUGCCCAGCAGGAGAGAAGUAAACAAUGUGGAAGAAAAUGAGACUACAGAGAAAGAGGAAAAGGCUGAAACACGCCGAGGACGCUAUGAGAUUGAAGAAAUGGAAACGGUUACCAAAUCAUACCAAAGGAACAACUGGAGGCAAGAUGGCGAAGAGGAGGAAAAAAAAGAAGAAAAAGACAAGGAGGACGUACAGGAGGAGAAACCAAAGGAGGUCCCCAUAGAGGAAAAUCAGGUAGAUGUGACAGCAGAAAAAUCUACAGAUAAAGAAGAGGUAGUAGAAACAAAAAAUCUAGCUAUAAAUGCAGAGGAACACAAAGCAGAGAAUGAUACAAAUGCUGUGGCGGAAGGGGAGCGGAGUAUAACUGAUGCUGUAGAUAAAGAUAAGCUUAGGGAUGAGGAAAAGGCUGAGGAAGAAAGGAAGAAAGCAGAAGAAAGGGAGAAACUUGAGGCAGAAGAAAAGGAGAGGUUAAAAGCAGAGGAAGAAAAGAAGGCAGCUGAGGAAAUACAGAAAGCAGAGGAGGAGAAAAGGGCAGCUGAGGAAAGAGAAAGGGCUAAGGCAGAGGAGGAGAAAAGGGCAGCUGAGGAAAGAGCAAGGGCUAAGGCAGAGGAGGAGAAGAGGGCAGCUGAGGAAAGAGCAAGGGCUAAGGCAGAGGAGGAGAAGAGGGCAGCUGAGGAAAGAGCGAGGGCUAAGGCAGAAGAGGAAAAGAGGGCGGCUGAAGAAAAGGCUAAGCUAGAAGCAGAUAAAUUAAAGGAAAAACAAAAGAUGGAAGAAAAGAAAAUAGAAGAUAAACAGGUAAAAGAGAAGAAAGUACAAGAGGAAAAACCUCAAGCAGCUUUCCUAAGAAAACAGGUAAAAGAUGACAAGGAUAAAGGAAAAGCACCCAAGGAGGAAAUGAAAAGUAUCUGGGAUCGUAAGAAGGGAGUUCCUGAACAAAAGGCACAGAACGGAGAAUGUGAACUCACUGCCCCAAAACUUAAACCUACUGAGAAUGCUUUUGGGUAAG